CUUCAAUUGCAACCACGUUGAUUUCCCUUCCUCAUGUGUGAUCUCUAAACCGAUCGAACCUGCGCCUACGCACCUACAUCCCCCUCCCGACCCUCCCAAAAAACGAUGAGCAUGGCUUCCCGGAAGACCCUGCAAGAAAUCGAUAAGACCUUCAAGAAGGUUGACGAGGGCAUUCAGGCCUUCGAGGGCAUCUACGAAAAGAUCUAUUCUUCCAAUAAUGCCGCACAGAAAGAGAAACUGGAAGACAAUCUCAAGAAAGAGAUCAAGAAGUUGCAGAGAUCUCGCGACCAGAUCAAGACAUGGGCGGCAGGUAAUGAGAUUAAAGACAAGUCUGCUCUGCUUGACCAGCGGAAGCGGAUAGAAAAAUGUAUGGAGAUAUUCAAGGCUGUCGAGAAAGAGAUGAAGACGAAGGCAUUCUCGAAAGAAGGACUGUCGCAGAACACCAAGCUAGAUCCAAAGGAAAAGGAGCGGGAAGAGCUAUGCGACUUCUUGUCAGAUCAGUUGGAGGAGAUCAACAGAAUAUUGACGGAAGAACUGGAACCAGAGGCUGGCACACUCCAAUCUGCUCUCAAAAAGAAGCAGAAAGACAAUAGCAAGGCGGACCGACUUGCCGAGAUCGAGUCAGUAACCGAGACCUACAAAUGGCACGAAUCCCGGCUCCAACUCUUACUGCGGUCGCUCCAAAACGCAAACGUUGACAAUGACGUGGUCAACGCUAUCAAAUCCGAGAUCGAAGAGGUGGUGAGGGAAGGCCGUGAGCCCGACUUUGAUGCAGAAGCAUACGAAGGGAUCUACGACGAUUGCAACCUGGAUAGCGAAGAAGCUCAAUUCGGAUUAAACAACGAAAUGGAUCACAUGUCUUCCCAAGAUGCGCAGUCCAUCCAAGAGGACAAUGAACCAGAUUUAAACACCCUGAAGAAGACAAAAUCCGAGCACAUUCCUGCCCGACGACCCUCUACGCAGCUCAAGUCGCCUCUGCCGGCACUUGCGACGCUCAACACCAUGCCUCCGCCACCAUCAAUACCCAAAGACAACACUAUGAAACCAGCGCCAUUACCCAAUCGACCUCCUGGAGAGACCUUGAAGUAUGCCUCAGCAGCAGCUGCUGCCGCAGCUAUGGACAAAAGUGGAGUUGGUAUCGCACCGCUUCCUCCCCCGGUUGGGACUAGUCCUGCAUCUACAUCUCAUCCACUACCAGCGCCAGUGAAGACAUCCGCCACCGCGUCUCCAGCUUCUGUCCCAGCCCAGCCGGCUGAGAAGGCCGCAUCACCUGCGCCCGCUGCAGCGAGUCUGGACGGCUCAGCCUCGCAAGAACAAUCCAGUCAUUCCAAGUCUCCCACUCUCAGCUCCACCAGUGCUCCUGCUGCAAGCAUGCCAAGCAGCAUCCCACCAACACCUGCGAUGGAAAAGUCCGAGGCAGUGCAGGAACCUGUCAUAGCGGACGAAUUGCCAACGACUAACGGUGAUGCUCACGAAGACACGGUCGAGUCGAUAUACCACCUGCCGCCGGGAUUGCAAGACUUGCUAGACUCUUUUGAGACAACUAAGAGCCGUGCAGCUCAGCCUCCCUCACAGUUGGCAAGACUACUGCAGGCAUCACAGGAGACUUGCCCGGAACCGUCCGACAGCGAUAGGCCGCAGCACUACCGCCCCACGCUCAAGUACAAUACUCCGGCGCAUUAUCCACAGGAUGUCCUCCCGAUUUUUGACGAUCCCGCCCUGUAUGAUAAUCAACGAUUGGAAACAGACACACUGUUCUACAUCUUCUAUUAUCGCCAAAACACGUACCAGCAGUGGCUUGCAGCACGCGCUCUCAAAAACCAGAGCUGGCGAUUUCACAAGCAAUACCAGACGUGGUUCCAACGGCACGAAGAACCUAAGCAAAUCACCGAGGAAUAUGAACAGGGAACAUAUCGCUUCUUUGACUAUGAAAGCACGUGGUAAGCAGAGGGUCAUCUCCCAUCUAGGAUCAUUCUUCUGUUUGCCUAACUGAAUGCAGGAUGAAUCGGCGGAAGGCUGAUUUCAAGUUCGUGUACAAAUUCCUCGAAGAUGAUCUGUAGGGUAGCUACUUAAGCAGCGACGUUGCUGCCAUUCGGCUUGCUGCAGGGCAUGACAUUUGCAGCCUGCAGGAGCCAUCACUCUCCCAGAAAGAGUGCAACAGAGAUGCGGUAUCAAUCUCCAAGCUUCGUCCUGAG